CCUCUUCUUCUUCGCCUCCAUCUCAUUCCUGUAUUUCCCACAGACCUCGGCUUACUUGGUCAAAACCCCAGAGGGCAAUGGCCCUCCGUGCUGGGCUGGUCCUGGGACUGCACACCCUGAUGACCCUCCUCUGUCCCCAUAAAUCAGGGGCCAUCAAGGCUGACCACAUGGGCUCCUAUGGACCAGCCUUCUUCCAGUCUUAUGGUGCCUCGGGCCAGUUUACCCAUGAAUUUGAUGGAGACCAACUGUUCUCUGUGGACCUGAAGAAUGGGGAGGUUGCAUGGCGACUGCCUGAGUUUGGCGAUUUCACGCACUUUGACCCACAGAACGGACUGGCCAGCAUCGCCAUAAUCAGAGCCCAUCUGGAUAUCCUGGUGGAACGCUCCAACCGCACCAGAGCCACCAGCGUGCCUCCAAGGGUGACUGUCCUCCCCAAGUCUCGAGUGGAGCUGGGUGAGCCCAACAUCCUCAUCUGCAUCGUGGACAACAUCUUCCCUCCUGUGAUCAACGUCACCUGGCUGCGCAACGGUCAGACCAUCACCGAGGGAGCGGCCCAGACCAGCUUCUAUGCCCAGCCCGACCACUUGUUCCGCAAGUUCUCUUACCUGACCUUUGUGCCCUCAGCAGAUGACUUCUACGACUGCAAGGUGGAGCACUGGGGCCUGCAGGAGCCGCUCCUCACGCACUGGGAGCCCCAGGUGCCUGUCCCACCACCAGACACCACAGAGACCCUGAUUUGUGCCAUGGGCCUGGCCAUUGGCCUGAUGGGCUUCCUCAUGGGCACCAUCCUCAUCAUCACAGGGACAUGCAUGUCCAGUGCCCCCAGGUAACAACCCUUCUGAGACAGACUGUGGGAGACAACGUAUGGAUUCCUUGCAGAUUUCUGACAGCUUUUGUAUCCUUAGCGCCACAGCCUACGAAGCAUGUCCCCUAAAUGGCAUCAACCUCUGUCCCUGAGGUCCCCUCCUUUCUGACCUCAGCACUUACACCUGUGGGGCACAGCCAGCUCCCCUUCCUACUCCAACACAAACACAUACCUUGCUCUGCCCAAAGCUCUGACUAGCAGCACCAAAUUCUUCAGUGGUGUUUGCCCUUAUUCUUUUUACCAGAUCUUGGCCAGUACUCCCAGGGUUUGAGGGACACUGGGACCUGAAGAGUGAGUCUGAGUGAGGACAUAUUGGGGAUAGUCAUUCUGUCUGGUCCAGCUGUGUCUUGCUCCCUUGGGGCAUUCCACAAGGACUUCAUGAAAUUCGCCUCCUGAAUUCAGAUUUCCCUGAGAGGGAUACAGAGUAUCCUGUGCAUUGCAAGGCCCUCAAAAACGUCAGUCCUGAAGGGCACUGGGAGAGGAAAGGUUCCUGGGGCUUCUACCUGUCUGGCCGUCCUCUGUGUGAAGAGGCCAUGGUGUGCAACUAUGGUCUACGACGUCAUGUCCUUUUUCUACAUUCCCUAUAGCCUCAGGCAUGACAAAGAAGCAUGCAAAACUUAGAGAGUCGGGGUUGUGGCUCAGUGGCAGAGCGCUUGCCUAGCACAGGUGAGGCACUGGGUUCAAUCCUCAGCACCACAUGAAAAUAAAUGAAAUACAGGUAUUGUGCCCAUCUACAACUAAAAAGAAAAAGAUUCGAUGGCCACUUUUCUCAGUGGAGUCAGUCAUAUUUGGCAGGGGACAGAACUUAUUUAGUAAGAGGGGAAGAGAUCCAUCUGAGCGCUUCCUAAACAUGUGCCCAGGAGAUUUCAUUUAACAGUGCACAAAAUUAGAAAAACAAAGAGAUAAAUAACCCUACAAGGUAGUUUGUGUCCAGUACCAAUUAAGCGUCACGAUUAGUGGUUUUCAAACUAGAAUGCACUUAAGAAUCUUUAAAAAGUACAGGUGUCACCCAGACCUACUGGAUUAGCGUCUCAGGGAUGGAGGAGCAGUGACAGGGACUCUAAUUUAACAUUCUACAGAUGAUUCUCAUGCAGCCUUCCUGGACCUAGGCUGUAGGUGGUACAUGGGACACCCUGACAGUCUGGUGUUACUAGGAGUCACUGGAGGGGGAUCCUGAGGUCUGAGUUGGGCCAGGAAAGCUAUCUGGAGAACCUAGGUCUGUUGGGGUACCAUAUUUGAUCAAGAUACAAGUCCAAGAGGCAAGAUGGGGGUUUGAACUAUGAGUAUUUGGUCCUAGAAAACAAAGAAACCAAGCGCUGAUGAGGAUAUGAUGGGCUUCUUAAAAGAGAAUAAUUUUGGGAGAAAUCAUGAACCAGAAGACCCUGGUGGGCAAAGAUUGUCUUAGUCAAGGAUUUUGUUUGCCAGUAACAAAAGCCCUCUUAAAAUGAUCACAUGCAAUUAGAGACACAGGGGUGGUGCUCAGAACCCAAGGGUGGGUUUACCAGGACUCAUGGGAACAGAACUCAGAACCGAAAAGCCAGCAGAACCUGGAGCAGCCCAUCUUACACUCUCACUGAGCCACAUGGUCUGCACUUAAGUCACAUUCCUCUCUCUCUGUGUGUGGACUGACUGUCCCUUCAGCUGACACAUUCACACUUUCACACUUGGGUUUGUCACCUCAGCUGUCACCACCCACACAGACUGUGUCUCCCAGUCACAAUUGCAAAUUCUUAGAAAAGUAAAUGACCGGCCAAACUUGGGGUAGAUGUACACCCAGUCCAGUGGAUUUAGAGCAGGGGACAAGAUCCCACAGUACAAAUGUGCCUGCUGAGCCCCCACCUCAGAGAUAACAGGUCGUCCUCAGAGAAAGAAUUGGCUGGUUGUCAGAGACACCAGACGUCUCUCCCAGCAUUUCCCGAUCUCUGCUGGUCUUUUGCUUGGGAAGUUCAUGCAUCUUUGGAGAGUUGUUCUCUCGACUAUCCUAAGGCUUAAUAAAGUCAUUAAAAUGUCUUUUGA